ACUUUGAAAACCUGAAAAUCUCACUUUGACCACACUUAAUAAUUAAACUUUAAAUAACUCCUGAUGAUGAUCUCAAGUGUUAGAAGUUGAAUUGUUCAGCUGACAGCAGGGACCUGGACUUUGCUUUUGUUUUAUGGCUCUGAGCUGCUUAUCCGUUGACGCCCAUGACCACUCCUGUUUGCUCCUGUCUCCGCUUGAGUGAUUCUGUGAAUCUGUUCGGAGCGUGGGAGAAAAAAGUGAAAGAAAGUGGCAGAUUUGUCUGGACCUUUUCUAUUCUUGUGAAGAGAUGUCUAGGUACCACAAAGCGGCAAUUGAUGGAUACUUGGACCUCUUAAAAGAGGCCACGAGGAAGGACCUGAACACCGCGGAUGAGGAUGGCAUGACUCCCACCUUACUGGCUGCUUUCCACGGACACGUCGACGCGCUUCAGCUCAUAUGCAGCAGAGAAGGUGACCCUGACCGGAGUGACAUCUGGGGAAACACCCCAUUGCACCACGCUGCGGCCAACGGCCACAUGCACAUCCUCAGUUUCCUGGUCAACUUCGGUGCCAACCUUUUCGCCCUGGACAAUGAAUCCCACACGGCCAUGGACGUCGCUGCGUCCCGUGACCGCAUGGACUGCGUGCGCUUCCUAGACGACGCCGCCUCGCAGCAGACCACCCAAAACCCCAAGAAGGUCGCCAAUCUAAAGAAGGAGGCCGUCAAAGAAGCGGAGAAGCGUGUGAAGCUCUGUGAGAAGGUGAAGAAGAAACACCAGAGCAAGAUGGAUAAAAUGCAGCGCGGCGCCGGCGGCGCCGGCUCCCUGUCGGAGGCCAGCAUGGCGUCGGGUUUCUCAGAUGGUGGCACCAUGUCCGGUGUCAACGAGCAGUUCUCCAAAAUUAUUGCUGCGGAUAAAUCUGGCUCCCUUACAGCCAGGGUCAAAGGCACGCUGCAGAAGAGGCUCGGGAAGAAAGAGAAAGGCACACUGCAGAGGCCGGGAGGGGACGGGAACGUCAUUUUCCUCAAACAGGACAGUGCAGCGUCUGAGGAGCCGGAGUUUAUGGGUGUCUUCAAUGAGCAGGACGAGAGCAUGUUGGACGAGGUCGAUCAUGAUCACGACAACGACGAGAACGGGCAAGUCAAGCAGUCCAUCUUCAAUCGGCCUGGGCUUGGAGGUCUGAUCUUUAUGAAGAAGAUGGGGCUGGAGUCAGAGGACGCCCCGAGCGGGAACAACGAAAGUCUUGGCUACCUCGUCCAGAACGAGUUGUUUAAUGUUGAGGAAGACAGCGCUGGUUUCGAGGGGAAUGAUGAUGCUGAUCAGGCCUGGGAUCAGGAAGAUCUUGGACUGGAUGAUGACGACGAUGAGGAAACCUCGCCAUUGGAUGCGUUCUUGUCUACCAUUUCCUUGCCAGAGUUUGCUCCCGCAUUCAGGAGGGAACACCUAGACCUGGAGGCGCUGAUGCUUUGCUCAGAUGAAGACCUGAAAGGCAUUCGCAUCCAGCUGGGACCAAGGAAGAAGAUCCUGGAAGCGGUUACUCGCAGAAAGAACACAUUGAAGACUCCUGGCGUCAUGAAGGACAGCAACUUGUGAUCUAAAAGACAUUUACAGGGAUUUGCAAUUGUGUUUGAUGCCUAAAAAAAGUCAGUACUUUUUGUAAAUAGAGCCAAGACAUUGAUUUUCGCUAUAAAACAAAGAUGAUUCAACAAAAAUGUUUCUCAAAACAACAAUUUCUAGCAGGAAAGUAUCAAACUUGUAUUGACAUUUUCCAAUCAUCUGUUAAUAGAGAAUGAUCUAUGUUGAAGCCACAAAGACAUCCAGCAACUUGAUGUUGAAUCCACAAAAGCAAGAGAUGUUUUGGUACAGAAUGUAUUAUUCAUUGAUCUCGCUAUAUAUGAAAUAGUCAGUGGCGGAUUUUCAUUUCUAAUUUUGGCAAAUUGAUUGUUGAUUAUUGCCAAAUAAAUUGAGCAAAAAAAGUUA